AUGAUUGACCAUGCCGGCGUCGAAAAAACAAAUGCUGAAAUGCCGAAAACAUCGAACAACGACGCAACAAAGGAUCCUCUACAAGCGAAACUUCCCAACGAAGAUAACGACGAUGCGAUGACGAUCGACGAUGGCGAAAUAAAUAACGACGUAACCAAUACCACCGAUCAAUUCAAGAGCCUCACGUUGGUACAGACCGACCCUUCAGUACCGUCGACGUCUGAAUCGCCAGCAGACCCAGAGCAGCCGAUAUCAAGAUUCGGAAAACGACAUCGAGGAAAUCGAGCGGGACGACGGGUUCAAGAACAGCGACGAAUUACUUUCUUAGCCCACAUGGUACUGGCUAUGGGCAACAAACAAUUUCGAUCCCCAGUACGAAGAAAUCGGCGAGGUGGUCACAGAGACGACAAUGGCCAACAAACUUCAUAAUAUUUCAUCGUAUCAAUUUAUUGUUUCUCGUUUAAU